AUGUUCCUGGAUCAAUACGAAAAUCCGUAUUUCCUCCACAGUUCUGAUCACGCCGGCUUAAUCCUUGUCUCCGAUCGUCUUCAAUCCGGCGCAGACUUUCACUCGUGGCGUCGAUCAGUUCGGAUGGCGUUGAAUGUGCAUAAUAAGCUGGGUUUCAUUGACGGAACGAUUCCAAAGCCGCCUGCGGAUCAUCGCGAUGCCGGUUCUUGGUCGCGAUGCAACGACAUGGUCGCUACCUGGAUAAUGAACUCGGUGAGUAAGAAAAUCGCUCAGAGCUUGUUGUUUAUGAGUACUGCGGAACCGAUUUGGAAGAACAUCCUAGCUAGAUUUAAGCAGGAUGAUGCUCCGCGUGUAUUUUGA